CCUCCAGUAUCCCUGCAUUCCCUGCAGCAGCAGGCAGCGGCUUGUCACGGUCGCCAUGUUAGUCUCGGAUUUCGGCCGCAGCACCCGAGCUGUGGCUCAGGAGGCAGGAGACCCGGAGGGUCGGGAAUAACGCAGGGACAUGCAAAGAUAUGUGCAAGAAGAUCGCGACAUUUUGGCACGACAAAGGACGAUCCGGACUGGGAAGGCAUGAAGGAAAACCUUUUUAUACCUAAUUUUAGACCCUAAAGAAUAGAUGAUAAAUAGUAGGGGGAAUGGCAUUAAAAAACUAGCUGACGAUUCGUUUAACCUCAGCGGCGGACCUGACAUAGGAGGGGCGCUGGGUGCUUUGCGGCGUCUGCAGACUUGCCAUUCAUGCAUUUUUUUGCCGAUCAUCAGCUCGAUGGAUUUGCUUUGACUUCUCUUUGUCGAGGAAUGAAUUUCCUGUGGAUUUGUGGAAGGGGCUGAUUUAAAUACGAAAGGAAACAUUGCUGCCAGCGCUGCAAUUAUACUCAGCCUGAAUCAUGUCGGGUGAGGUUCGUCUGAAGAAGCUAGAGAAGCUGAUCUUGGACGGGCCGGCUCAGUCCAAUGGCCAGUGCUUCAGUGUGGAGACGCUGCUGGAUGUCCUGAUCUGCCUCUAUGAUGAGUGCAGCAGCUCGCCGCUCAGAAGAGAGAAGAAUGUAUUAGAGUUUCUGGAUUGGGCCAAGCCCUUCACAUCAACAGUGAAGCAGAUGAGGCUGCACAAAGAGGACUUUGAGAUCCUCAAGGUGAUUGGCCGUGGAGCGUUUGGAGAGGUUGCAGUGGUGAAGGUGAAAAAUGCCGAUAAGGUCUUUGCCAUGAAGAUCCUCAACAAGUGGGAGAUGCUGAAGAGAGCUGAGACGGCUUGUUUUCGGGAGGAGCGUGAUGUCCUGGUGAACGGGGACAGCCAGUGGAUCACCACUUUGCACUAUGCCUUCCAGGAUGACAACUACCUGUACCUGGUGAUGGAUUACUACGUGGGAGGGGACCUGCUUACGCUGCUCAGUAAGUUUGAGGACCGGCUGCCGGAAGACAUGGCGCGAUUCUACCUGGCAGAGAUGGUGUUGGCCAUUGACUCGGUGCACCAGCUGCACUAUGUUCACAGGGACAUCAAGCCAGACAACAUCCUAAUGGACGUGAACGGUCACAUCCGGCUGGCGGAUUUUGGCUCCUGUCUCAAGCUCAUGGAAGAUGGAACGGUCCAGUCCUCAGUGGCGGUGGGCACCCCAGAUUACAUCUCUCCCGAAAUCCUGCAAGCCAUGGAAGAUGGGAAGGGCAAGUACGGCCCCGAGUGUGACUGGUGGUCACUGGGCGUGUGCAUGUACGAGAUGCUGUACGGGGAGACUCCCUUCUACGCAGAGUCGCUGGUGGAGACCUACGGCAAGAUCAUGAACCACAAGGAGCGCUUCCAGUUUCCGGCCCAGGUGACAGACAUCUCGGAGAGCGCCAAGGACCUGAUCCGGAGGCUCAUCUGCCCGCGGGAGCACCGGCUGGGCCAGAACGGCAUCGAGGACUUCAAGCGGCACCCGUUCUUCUCUGGCAUUGACUGGGACAACAUCCGCUCCUGCGAAGCCCCUUACAUCCCCGAAGUCAGCAGCCCCACGGACACGUCCAACUUCGACGUGGACGACGACUGCCUGAAGAACACCGAAACUAUGCCCCCUCCUUCUCAUACGGCCUUCUCUGGACAUCACCUACCCUUCGUCGGCUUCACCUAUACCAGUAAAUGCACGGUGUCGGACCGGGGCUGCCUGCGUGAGUCUGCGGGGCCCGGCCAGAUGGAUGUGUGCCUGCAGAGGAGCCUGGAGGACAGUCUGGCCUCCGAGGCGUAUGAGCGACGCAUACGGAGGCUGGAGCAGGAGAAGCUGGAGCUCAGUCGCAAACUUCAAGAGUCCACCCAGACGGUGCAGGCAUUGCAGUACACGAGCAUCGACGGGCCAGUUGUGGCCAGCAAGGAGGUGGAGAUUUUCAGCCUGAAGGAGGAGAUCCAGAACCUCAAGAAGCAAAUUGCAGAAUCUGGCAACCUGGAGCAGCAGCUGGAGCAGGCCAGCGUCGCAUGCAAGGACUUAGAGUCGUCCUCCAAGCAAGUCAAGUCUCUGGAGAAGCAGAUAAAGAGUCUGAAGCAGGAGAGGGAUGACGUGCAGAAGGAACUGUUGGAUUCCAACGAGAAGCUCCGCUCCCAGACCAAGGAGCUGAAGGAGGCGCACAGCCAGAAGAAGCUGGCCAUGCAGGAGUUCUCAGAGAUGAGCGAGCAGGUGACCGACCUGCGCUCACACAAGCAGCGCCUCACUCGCCAACUGUGGGACAAGGAGGAGGAGGUGCAGGCCAUGUCCCAGAAGGUGGAGGCGUUACGCCUGGAGGUCCGCAAGGUCGAGAAGGUCAAGAAGGAGCUGGAGAUACAGGCUGAGGAGCGGGAGGCUGAGGCCCAGAAGGAGAGGAAACUGAGGGAGCACAGCGAGCAGCAUAGCAGGCAGCUGGAGGAUGAGCUGGAGGGGCUCAAGCAGAAGCAGGCGGGCCGUCCGGCGGGCGUGGGGGCCUCAGAGCAACACCAGGAGCUGAGCCGGCUGCGGACCGAGCUGGAGAAGAAGACCGUCUUCUACGAGGAGGAGCUGUCCCGGCGUGAGCUGCUGCACACCAACGAGCUCAAAGCCCUGAAGAAGGAGCUGCGUGAUGCCGAGGCCCAGCAUCUGGCCCUCAAGAAGGAGGUGCUGGUUCUCAAGGACAAGCUGGAGAAGACACGGCGUGAGAGUCAGAGCGAGCGGGAGGAGUUUGAGACCGAGUACAAGCAGAAGUAUGAGAGGGAGAAGACUCUGCUGGGUGAGGAGAACGUGAAGCUGUCCAGCGAGCUGGACAAGAUCACGUCCAUGUUCGAGAAACUCAGCAGCAGUAACAAGCAGCUGGAGGAGGAGAUGAAGGAGCUGGCAGACAGGAAGGAGAGCGUGGCACAUUGGGAGGCCCAGAUCACAGAGAUCAUCCAGUGGGUGAGCGAUGAGAAGGAUGCCCGCGGCUACCUGCAGGCUUUGGCCACCAAGAUGACGGAGGAGCUGGAAGGUUUGAGGAGCUCCAGCCUGGGGGCCAGACCCACAGACAUGCCCUGGAAGAUGCGGCGAUUUGCCAAGCUGGACAUGUCCGCUCGCCUGGAGCUGCAGUCAGCCCUAGAUGCUGAGAUCCGGGCCAAGCAGGGCAUCCAGGAUGAGCUCAACAAAGUCAAGGCCUCCAGCAUCUCCACCGAGUGCAAGCUGCAGGAAUCAGAGAACAAGAACCAGGAUCUGGUGGUGGAGAUUGAGAGACUGAAGAAGGAGAUUGAGGAUCUACGCGUGGGGAAGGGUGUGAAGCACCAAGACUCCCAGAAUUCCUUUCUGGCAUUUCUAAAUGCUCCUACCUCUCCUACCUUUGAUCGCUCUCCCGCCUGCAUUCCUCCUAGCAAAGGCAGACGCACGGAUUCUGUAGACAACUUCCCCUUGUCCAACACUCCGUCCCGCGACGAAGAGGCCAAGUCACACCUCAUCUCGCGAUCGAGGUCGCCCUCCACAGCCAGUGACGUGGAGCCGCUCGAGCAGACGGACUCGCACGCCUGGCCCACGCACACGCCCACUCCGAGACCAUCCUACUGUGGUACUGGCACCGUAACGCCCAAGCCCAGAGCUCACCAGUUUGUGGUGAAGUCCUUCAAUGUCCCCACUAAAUGCAACCAGUGCACAUCGCUGAUGGUGGGACUGAUCCGGCAGGGCUGCACCUGUGAAGUUUGCAACUUCUCAUGCCAUGUGACUUGUGCGGACAAGGCGCCUGCUGUGUGCCCCAUCCCUGCGGACCAGACCAAGGGCCCGCUGGGCAUCGACCCGCAAAAGGGCAUCGGCACCGCCUAUGAGGGGCUGGUCCGGGUGCCCAAGCCGGCAGGGGUGAAGAAGGGCUGGCAGAGGGCGCUAGCGGUCAUAUGCGACUUCAAGCUGUUCCUGUACGACGUGCUGGAGGGCAAGGCCUCCGUGCCCAGCGUAGUGGUCAGCCAGGUCAUCGACAUGAGGGAUGAGGAGUUCUCCGUCAGCUCGGUUUUGGCCUCUGAUGUCAUCCACGCCAAUCGGAAGGACGUCCCCUGCAUCUUCAGGGUGACGUCCUCUCAGCUCUGCACCUCCAGCAGCCACCGGAGCUCCGUGCUGAUCCUGGCCGACAGCGACCAGGAGAGGAACAAAUGGGUGGGCCUCCUGAACGAGCUGCAGCGCAUCCUGAAAAAGAGCAAACUGAAGGAGCGCUCCGUCUACGUGCCCAAGGAGGCCUACGACAGUACACUGCCACUCAUCAAGAGCACGCAGGCCGCCGCCAUCAUCGAUCACGAGCGCGUCGCUCUCGGCAAUGAGGAGGGCCUCUACGUCGUACACGUCACCAAAGACGAGAUCAUCCGCGUGGGGGACAACAAGAAGGUGCACCACGUGGACCUGCUGGCCUCCGAGCAGCUCCUGGCCGUCAUCUCGGGCCGCAACCGCCACGUGCGCCUCUUCCCCAUGGGGGCGCUAGACGGCAGAGAGUCAGAUUCCUUCAAGCUGCCGGAGACCAAAGGCUGCCAGGCGCUGGUGUCGGGGCAGUUACGGCACGGUGCCCUCACCUGCCUGUGUGUGGCCAUGAAGCGCCAGGUCAUCUGCUACGAGAUCAACAAGAGCAAGACGCGUCACCGCAAGCUGCGCGAGAUCCAGGCACCGGGGGCCGUCCAGUGGAUGGCGCUGAUGGGCGAGCGCCUCUGCCUGGGGUACCAGGCCGGCUUCGUACGCUACGCCCUACCUGGUGAGGCUGCGCCUGUCAGUCUGCUGCACUCAGAGGACCCCACCCUGGCCUUCAUCGGCCAGCAGAACCUGGACGCGCUCUGCGCCGUGGAGAUCUCCAGCAAGGAGCUCCUGCUCUGCUUCAGCUCCCUGGGCAUCUACGUGGACUGCCAGGGUCGCAGGUCGCGGCAGCAGGAGCUGAUGUGGCCGGCCACGCCCACCGCCUGCUGCUACAGCGCCCCCUACCUGUCAGUGUACAGUGAGAACGCGGUGGACGUGUUUGAUGUCAACACCAUGGAGUGGAUCCAAACGAUUCCCCUGAAAAAGGUCCGGCCCCUCAACUUAGACGGCUCCCUCAACCUUCUGGGCAUGGAAACGGUUCGGCUCAUUUAUUUCAAGAACAAGAUGGCAGAGGGCGACGAGCUUGUGGUUCCCGAGACGUCGGACAACAGCCGCAAGCAGAUGGUGCGCAGCAACAACAACAAGAGGCGCUUCUCCUUCCGUGUUCCCGAGGAGGAGAGGAUGCAGCAGAGGAGGGAGAUGCUGCGUGACCCUGAGAUGAGGAACAAGCUCAUCUCCAACCCCACCAACUUCAACCACGUCGUCCAUAUGGGGCCCGGCGACGGCAUCCAGAUCCUCAAAGACCUUCCUAUGCCGGGCUCCCCCCUCCUCCCCUGCCCCUCUCCACACAUGCGCCUCAUCUCCACCCCCACCGGCUUUGAGCAUGUAUGUCACAUGACCACCCGAAGCUUUCUCCCCCGAGACUACACGCCCUAUUCCAGCUACUCUCCAUCACUGCGCUCUUUCCCCGGGACCCCAGCCUCGGCCUGCUUCCGGAACGUCCGUUCCCAGGAGAGCCGGGCUGUGUUUAGUGGCUCCGUCAGCAUCCCAUCCAUCUCCAAGGGCCGGGGAGAACCGGGCCGGUCCAUGAGCGCCAGCAGCGGCCUGGGCAUACGAUCCACGGCCCAGAACGGUAAUGCCAUGCGGAGGGAUUUCAGCAGCAGCAGCUACGGCUCAAAGCGGCAGGCCAUGACCUCGCCCUCCGAGGGCUCCCUGUCCUCGGGUGGGGGCAUGGACGGCGCCAUGGACGCCCCCAUCUCGCAGUUUGACAGAGAGGAUUCCGAUUCUCCCCGUCACUCCACAGCCUCCAACAGCUCCAACCUGAGCAGCCCCCCAAGUCCAGCCUCCCCACGCAAGACCAAGUCCCUGUCCCUGGAGAGCACGGACCGCAUGGGCUGGGAGACGUGAGCCAGAGGCUCCGCCCCAUAUGCCCAACAUGCCCCGCCCCGUUUAGCCACGCCCACACAAAGGCACAUGGCCCCUGCGAAUCAUGACCUCAGGCCCCGGCUGGCUAGAGCACCACUGUUUGCAAUCAGAUAAAUGGAAGCAGACACCUUCAGACCUCAACAGAAGCAUGAAAAACAGGAAAUGGACAUCACCUGGGCAGGAAGUCCCUGCUGGGUAAACACAUCCUCCCCUUAUCAGGAAGUGGGUGUGGAGCUUGUGACCACAUGUGUGCUGGCGUGUGUUUGUGCGUGUGUUGCCUGAGAAAGGGAAAAAAAAAAGAAGUUUUUGCACCCCCACCUCAAGCUGCCUUGAAGCUGAGUGACUCUGGGAUGAGUCCAGUCCGAUACGUACUCACAUUGUAAGUGGGUGAGGGACUGCCUUAUCGAGAGUCACCGACAGGCCGUGCCAGAGGAGGCGAGAGAGAGGAGAACAUGACGGGUGAAGAGAAUUAGCAAUUGUAAAUAACGUAGAAAUGGCACGGGGCGAGAUAUUUAGGUAUGGUAUUUAAUUGAAUGGAUUUCUUUAGUUUUAUCAGAUGGGGAAUGUGACUGAUUGUUCGGUUGAAUCUGUGUUUGAAAGGUGAGAAGGAAGAUUUUAUUUGCUUAUCCAGUUUGCUUCUGGUGCUUUGUCUCUCAUAUAGGCUACAGUUACCGUUUUCCUCUCUACAGUGAGUGGUAGCAAGAAGAAGUCUCUAUUUUCAAUAAGGGUUGUGACCCAAAUCCUGACAAAGAGGUGAUUUCCAUGGCUUGUAUGUGUCCCUUUUCGCUUUCCGAUUUGCUUUUAACAGUUGAGGCUGUGCUAUUACUCAGAAAAGAAACCUAAUCUUUAACGUAGUGAAAAAUUCCCAGAACAGUAAGUCGCUGGGAGGUGUUUGGGGUUGGUGGGCAUAUUGUAGUUACAUCAUCCAUCCUGCGGGUGGCACUAGUGCUGGUGUCGUCUGCUCUGCUUUUGCCUUAAUUAGAUAAGAAGAGGUCAGGCUUUAGAGAGGAACAUACUUUGUUGCUUCAAUAAUGUAUCUAACUAAAAGUAAAAUUAAUAUAUGAGGAAAAAUGUUAUAAAGUGAAAUCUGUGACACGUAUGGCAAUUUUUUUUUUCUAUUCUAAGCUUAAUAGAAUACUUAGUAUUUUGGGCAUAUUCAAACAGAAAAGCCAUUUUAAUCAUUUCUGUUGUUUCUUUAAAUGAAUUGUAUCACAGUAUCUGAUUUGCAUUUAGUUGCCUUUUACAAUGGGUCACUCGUCAGUAUUUGGUGAAAUUCGGUGCUGUUCACUGGAACCACCACCUACUCUGUGCUCACACCCGGGGGUCGCCACAGACACGCAUAUGGAUUUGGAGACCACAGACACGCACACACGUGGAUUUGGAGAGCACAGACAUGCACACACAUGUGGAUUUGGAGACCACAGACACGCACACACAUGUGGAUUUGGAGACCACAGACAUGCACACGCAUGCGGAUUUGGAGACCACAGACACGCACACGCAUGCGGAUUUGGAGACCACAGACACACACACAUGCGGAUUUGGAGACCACAGACACGCACACGCAUGCGGAUUUGGAGACCACAGACACGCAUGCGGAUAUGGAGACCACAGACACGCACACACAUGCGGAUUUGGAGACCACAGACACUCACACAUAUGCGGAUUUGGAGACCACAGACACACACACACACAGAGAAAUGGAUUUAGGGACCACAGACACACACGUGGAUUUAGGGACCACAGACACACGCACACACACACUCGGAUUUAGGGAUCACAGACACACACACACACACGUGGAUUUAGGGACCACAGACACACACACACACGGAUUUAGGGACCACAGACACACACACACGGAUUUAGGGACCACAGACACGGCCUUGUUACCUUCCACUGACCUGCCGUACUUUGGUUUUACCUUUUAUCAUUGGAGCAAUAAUCCCACACUUCCAAAGAAAUAUAUUCUCUUCUGAUUUGAUGGUAUUUGUUUUAUUGUCUGUUCAGGUCUUUGUUUCCAUAGCUUCUGUGCUUUUCUUUUCGGUUAAGCUGAGAACACCUUCGCGGGAACCCAAGAGCGAUUUUGCUAAAGGAAAAAUUCUUGUAACAUUAGAGUAGUCUUACUCAUGGUAGCUGAUGACAUUGUGUGACGGAUGCUACACCUUCUCUUUACUCUGGGGAUCAAAUUGCUGAAGAAAUACGGACCACACAACCAUGAACUAUUCACCACCAUUUCAAAAGCCAUACUUGAUAGAAUAGAGAGACUGUACCAGUUAUGCCACCGUAGUAGUGCGGCAUUCUUUGAAAGUGACUGGGAUGCUAUUUUAAUUUUUAAUCUUUUUGACAUUCUAUCAAAAACUAGCUCCAUUCCUGCGGAGUAUUUGGGGUCAUAUAGGAUAUUUUGGAAAUACGUGCUUUCUCUUAAUUAACACUGUCUGUCUUGCAUAUGCUCGCAAUAAUGUUAAAUUAGCGUAGUGCCCCCUCAUUAAAGGAUGUAAUGCCUUAAGGAAUUACAAUACAAACAUGGGACACGUAAUUAAUUGGACCAGCUGCUUGCUAGGUUUUUUUAAAUUUUUUUUAUGGUAUUUAUUUGAUGGCCACUGAAAGCGUUCCUGCAGUGAGAACCAUAGCAGUGUUUUCAUGCUCCUGUGGUUUGCCUGCCCUGUAUUCCGAGGUGUCGAUUCCCAUGGGUUUGACUCAAUCAGUCAAGUUUUCACGUGGCUACAAAGCUGAAACAAUGUUAGUUAAUAGCUAGUUAUGUCACUUGUGUCUGGACAGCAAUAUCUCAAUGUAAACGGCUUUUCUAUAGUAGACUGCAGUAUUUUAGUAAAGAAUAGAGCAAUAUUUGUCCAGCCCAUUCAGAAAACAGAAACUCCUUUGCGUCUGAUUUUAAACCGAUUCAUUCUACCAGAUGCUUCUUUUCCUCGUGAAGUUAAGCUGCUCGACUAAUAUUAAUGAAUAAUUAAUAUUAUCGUCGGACCAUAUGAUCAUGUAUUCCAACAUUUGUUUUGUUUUUCAUCUUGAAUCGAGUCCCACCUGAGGCUUGAGUGGUGAUCAAAGAGGACUCGGCAUCGACCAUUAAUCAGAAAGCGAUUCAGACGUAUCGGGAUCGUCGCCAUUUGCACUUAAACCGAUAAGGAAAAAUCCACUUUUAUACGUUCAGACCCUGAGUACUUAUAUGACAACCUUGACGUACUUACGUGAUAUACGUAUUCGCAGGCUUCGUUUGUAUUGGUCAGUGCAGUUUUCUGCAGAAUGAUUUGCUGCGGAGAGAGAAUCUCCUCGCUAGGUAGCUUACUUGGGACAGGCUUUUCCACUGCGUCUCAGCCAGGAAGCCUGUGUGUUAAACUCAGGACCGUCUAGAACCAAUGAUUAUAAUAAUGCAAUGAGGAAUAUCUCCAGGAAACUAGCAGCUACUGCAUAAGCAGCUAUAGCGUAGCUAUAAUCAAAUAUAGUGAGUAAUUCUGCAGAUAAUGUGACAGGAGAGAGUUUGGUGUUGUGUCUUUAAAGUGGGUGGGUGGCAAAGUGGGCUCACUGGGGUCAAAGCUGAAUUGUGUGGAAGAUUUUUUUUUCGUUUUUUUUUUUUGCUUUUCGUUGAUGUUACCUGCCUCGUAUGUUAUUUGCUAUUUCAUAUCAUAUUAUUAAGUUUAUAGGAUUUUUUUUGUAAGAAUAUGUACAGUUUUGCAUGUCAUAGGUGUAAUCACUUCUGUUAUUAGAAUUUAAGGCUGGAUUUUUUUUAUUUUAUUAUUGUAUUAUUAUUUGAGUUGCCUAUUUGAAAAUGUUGGGGAUGUUACAGAGGACAGCCCACUGUGGGUGAUAUAGAUUCUUUUUUUGCACAGAACUAUUUAAGGUGGAAGUUCAACAAGUAAUGUAUGGGACCGGCCACCACUCUCUCUAUGUGGGGGAGGGAAAUUCAUUAUUCUAUCAACCGGACUUUGAUGUAUUUCAAUAAAACAGGAAAACUGUUAGAAUAACGA